AUGCUCAUCACUUCGCCGCCCCAACCUCAGGCGGUACACGGAGUCGGGCGCGUGGCCAUCCUCGACUUUGACGUCCACCACGGGAACGGCGACGCCGACAUCGCCGAGCCGGACCCGACCAGGCUGUACGUCUCCUCCCACGAGGUGCCAAACUUCCCGGGCACGGGCGAGGAGCGCGGGGCGACGGGGCGCCACCGCACCAUCCUCUCCGCGCCGCUGCGCUCCUCGUCCGGCUCGGCCGAGUUUCGGCGCGCGUGGCGCGACGAGCUCCUCCCUGCGGUGCGCGCCUUCCAGCCUGAGGCCAUCUUCGUGAGCGCGGGCUUCGACGCGCACGCGGAGGACCCGCUCUCGAGCUGCCGGCUGAGCGACGCCGACUUUGCCUGGAUCACGGCCGAGGUCGCAAAGAUCGGCCGCGGCGCGCUGCCAAUCAUCAGCGUCCUCGAAGGAGGCUACAACGUCGAGAGGCUCGACCGGAGCGUCCGAGCGCACGUGAAGGCGCUGAUUGAUGCCUGA